GAACCCGCGGCCAACGCGAGCGGCGGAGGCUUAAAGAGCUCCGGUCCCCGCCUCCCAAUGGCUACUGAGCAGUGGUUCGUGGGGCCGCUCCCCCCGGGCCCUGGGGAAACCCCGCCCCCAGAUGACUUGGAAUCUGGGGCACAGCCUUGCGGAGACCUCUCGUGGUCGACGCCCCCUGGCCGACCUGGGGACCCACCCGAGGCGGAGCCCCAGGACGUCCAGGGGCAGGUGCCCGAGGCCUCCACCUCUACGCCUUCCCCCGAGCCUCUGGCCCCGGGCCCGGGGCGCGCACCUCCUCGCCUACCCUGGGACACCAUGUUCAGCCCCAUCACCGAACAGCUCCGCUACCUGCUCAAGAAGGCAGAUGACUUCCAGAGCUACUUGCUCUACAGCAGAGACCGAGUGCAGAAGGAACAGCUGGCAAAGGCCAUGCCCACCUUCUUACAGAUAUGUGAGCCCUACUUCCUGUACCUGGAGGCAGCUGCGAGGAGCGUGCCCCCCAUCUAUGGAGCCCUGCAGGAGCUGGUCCGGAAGGGGCUGUUGGAGAUCUCCCAGCAGCUGACCCUCCGCCUGGAACAGGUGGUCCUCAUGUAUGCCUCCUUUGGGUUCGUGGGCCUGGAGGAGACUGACCCCCUAAGCAUCUCCUGUUUCUUCUGUGGGAGGUUCGCCAUCAGCCCUGCCCAUGAGGUGUCCAUCUUCAGAUACUGUGCCCCAGCCGCCUACACUGCCCGCCGCUUCCCGCGAUACCUGUAUAAGAAGAUGCGCUGGAACCUGGAAACCACCCCUGAGCCCAGCGGCUGGGGGCACGAUUCCCAUGUGGAUUACUACUUCUUGUGCUAUCGAGACACAUGGGAAGACACAGGCACCAGUCCGGCCAAUUCAUGCCCCCAGAUUCAGAAGCUGUGGUCCAUUGGCCGAUGGGUGCCACUAGAACCAGCCGAGGAUGACCUUUAUUCAUGGACUUUGUGCCCGCAGCCGCUUGGGGACUACCAGCAGCUGCUGACCAUCGGCUUCGAGGAACCGUCGCACACGCUGGCCACCGACCUGCUGGUGCAGAUCCUCACGGGCCAGGCGGGCGCGGCCCGGCCCCCGAGCGCAGCCGGGCCCGCGGCGUGGGCCGCGCAGGGGCCUUGAACCCAGAG